UGCCUCCGUCUUCCUGGGUUACUCGCGCCGCCAUUUUCGAUAUAUUGUGUCGUAGAAAGAGUUGACUCAGUCAGUCAGCAAGCUUUUGCUUUUAAGGCCGUAUUUGAAAGUGCUCGAGUCGCUUAACCGACGAACAUAGUUUGCUAACCUAAACUUUAAUAAGGCAGCACGCUCAUCUGCAGAAGAAAAUGUCUAGCGAGCAGGCUGAGAACACAACCGAGAAAGCAGGCCAGCCGCAGCAGCAGCAGCAGCAGCAGCCACAGCCGCCGCCUCAACAGGGCGAAAUGAAUGGAAAACCCAAGAAUGAGCCCCCCAAUCCCAGCAGGAAGGAAAGGCCCCAGAAGAGAGGAGGAGGAGGUGGUCGCUAUGAACCCUAUGGAAACGCAAACAAAAGAUACCGUGUCUUUGUCAGCAACAUCCCAUAUGAUGUGAAAUGGCAGGCCCUGAAAGACCUGAUGAAAGAAAAAGUGGGUGAGGUAACGUACGUGGAACACUUAAUGGACGCAGAAGGCAAAUCGAGGGGUUGUGCUGUCGUUGAGUUUAGGACUGAGGAACUGAUGAAGAAAGCAGUGGAGAAGGUCAACAAGCACAACCUCAAUGGACGACCCCUGAAAGUGAAAGAGGACCCCGAUGGUGUGAUUGCUCAAAGGGAAAUUAACAAAUCUCAAGGUGGAGGUCCUCCAGGGGGCCAUGGUGGAAUGGGAGGGAUGGGAGGAAUGGGCGGAAUGGGUGGAAUGGAUCGCAUGGGUCCUGGACCCAAUGGCCCCAUAGUCAACAUUCCUCCCAGUCUGAUGAACAAUCCCAACAUCCCCAAUGAAAUUAUCCAUGGUCUUCAGGCGGGCAGGAUUGGCAGCACUGUGUUUGUAGCUAAUCUCGACUACAAAGUGGGUUGGAAAAAGCUGAAAGAGGUGUUCAGCAUGGCUGGCAUGGUAGUGAGGGCUGACAUCCUGGAGGACAAGGAUGGAAAGAGCAGAGGCAUGGGCACUGUAACAUUCGAUAUGCCCAUUGAAGCAGUUCAAGCUGUGUCUAUGUUCAAUGGACAGCUCUUAUUCAACCGAACCAUGCAUGUGAAACUGGAUGAAAAAUCCCUCCCCAAAGAUUUUGGACCGCCGGACAGAGCAGCUGCUCUUCCCCGUGGCUUGAGUGGUAUUGGUUUGGGCCUGGGACCUGGUGGCCAACCCAUUGAUGCUACUCAACUGAACAGAGGAGGUGGUGGUGGUGGUGGAGCAGGAGGGAUGGGCAACAUGGGCCCUGGAGGAAUGGACGGAAUGGGCUUUGGCAACAUGGGAGGUCGUAUGGGAGGAGGAAUGGACAACUUUGGAGGAAUGAACAACAUGGAUCGUUUUGGUUCUUCAGGGAUGGGCAGAAUGAAUGAGAUGGACCGUGGGAUUGGUGGUGCUUUUGACAGGGAAUUUGGGCGAAAUGAAAUGGGAAUGUCUCGCAAUAAUUUUGGAGACUCCUUUGAAAGAGGAAUGGGAAACUCCCUAGGUAUGGACCGCAUGAACUCUGGAAUGGACCGACUGGGAACCAGCAUGGACCGCAUGUCGGGGAUGGACCGGAUGGGUAUGGAUAGGAUGGAUCGUGUUUCUGACCUGGACAGGCUGGGCUCUGGCUUUGACCGGAUGGGCUCAGGGAUGGACCGUCUGGGGCCCAGUAUGGACAGGCUUGGACCUGGCCUGGAUCGCUUGACCUCCAGCAUGGACCGCCUUGGCCCUUCUUCAUUCGAACGCUUGGGCCCAUCUAGUUUGGAUCGCAUGGGAACUGGCCUAGACUUCAACUCCCGCAUGGGCAACACUGGGCUUGACAGAGUGCCAACCAACUUCGACCGCAUGGGCUCCACAGGAGGACUGGACCGUUUUCCGUCUGGUGGCCUUGACCGCAUGAGCUCUGGCAUGGACCGGAUGGGAUCUGGAGGCGUUGGUGGUCAGUUUGAUCGCUCUGGUGAAAUGGAUCGUGGAUUUGGUGGGAAUUCCUUUGGAGGAACUGGAGGUCCUGGAACUGGGGGAGGCAACGUUAGGAAGGGAUGCCAGAUCUUUGUCAGAAAUCUGCCAUUUGAUUUCACCUGGAAGAUGCUGAAGGACACCUUCAAUACAUGUGGCAUGGUCCAGUAUGCCGAUAUUAAGAUGGAGAAUGGAAAGUCCAAGGGCUGUGGUGUGGUUCGCUUUGACAACCCUGAAACUGCUGAGCGUGCCUGCCGGACCAUGAAUGGCUAUCGACUUAGUGGAAGAGAGAUUGAUGUUAGGAUUGAUAGGAAUGCAUAAAUCAUUUCAUUGUACAUCCGACCUUUCACUUAGACCCUAAUGUCCAAACACUCUGCAUUGUCUUUAUUGUCCAUAAUCAUAUUUGGUUUAUUAGAGAUUUGUAACACUGAAAAUGUUGUUUUAGUUAGUAAUCUGUUACAGUGAAAGUCUUUUAGUCUUUGCUUACAUUUUUACUUUUCUUUAUUUUUUUUAGAGACCAAAUUUUUAAUUUUUAGUUCUGUUAUGCUUCACCUGUUAUUGCCUUCUGUUCUUUAAGGUGUUUUGAUAAAUAAACGUCAAUAUUUGAA